AUGAUCACCCAGUACAUCGAAAAAGAUCAUCGAGCCUGGGACGAGCACAUACCGGCCUUGCAAUUCGCCUAUAAUACGGCACUCCACGACGCGACCGGAUACACGCCGGCUUUCCUCAAUUACGGGCGCGAAAUACAGGCCCCGGAAGACACCGACCCGCAGACAGCAGCACCGGACGCGCCUGACGUCAUCCGAAACAAGCUCACCGAGGCGUACGAAGUGGUGAAGCUUCAUAUGGCGCAAGCUUUCCAGCGCCAGAAACGCCAUUACGAUCUCCGGCGUCGGCCUUGGAAACCGAACGUCGGGGAGUGGGUGUGGAAGCGCGACCACCCUCUUUCUAAGAAAAGCGAAGCGUACAACGCCAAAUUGGCGCCCAAGUUCAGCGGGCCAUACGAGAUCCAAAAAAUCGUCUCACCCGUUAUAGUAGAUCUCAAGAGCAAGAGGGGAAAACGGAUAAGCGAGGACAUCGAUCACGAGCCUGAUACCUCGUUUUUCGAUAACGCUCACAACUGA